AUGUUGGAGAAUCUCGGCAUGCAGAUUGCGGGAUGGUGCUUGUCCGUCAGCUGUGGCCUCGCCUCUGUGUUCGCAAAGCUUCCGUGGUACAGAAGCGCAAACCCGACCACGCAAGGCGUAACCCUGAUUGCUGCGUUCUUUGACCGCAUCUUCUGGUCGGUCUUCCUCAUCUGGAUCACUCUCGCGUGUUCUUCGGGACGAGGCGGGCUUGUUGGCAGGUUCCUAUCUUGGAAUGGCUUUGUACCCCUGAGCAAGUUGACAUUCGGCGUCUACCUCAUCCACUUGCCGUUUGUCCAACUCAUGCUGCACGCGUCAAGGGAACGCAUAUUUUGGUCUCAUUUCAAUGUGAUCACGCUGUGGUUCGCGACGCUCGUGUGGUGUUUUCUGCUCGCCUAUGUUGUGUUCUUGGCCUGCGAGGCGCCAUCUACGACGCUGUGUAGGCUCAUCUUCGGCUGGCCGAUUGGAGAGCCUCAAACAAAAAAGGAUGCAAUAGAAGAGAAGAUACGGGAAUCCCGCAUUACGUCUUGCCUAUAACAAUGCGACGGAAAUCUUCCUUGUACACACGAAGACUAUUUCUAGGAAGCAGUGUUUUAACUUUCAUUGGACUGCACUGAUGCUGCGUGUUUCAUAGCGCAGUGUUGUAAAAUAGGAGCUUGCAAGUGUUCACGCCAUACUUGCAUUCGGUGGAUGUUAAACUGGAAAAGCACUCAUAUCACCGGCACUGUUCCUUAGCAGUGGUCGAACAAGGAAGUUGCUCGAGACAAAGUUUAGAGAACUAGACGUAUCUUAGGCAACACAGCUGCAAAAGCACAUGACGCCCUGAAGAAGAGAAGUGCCAUUGUCAAAACGCUGGCCCCAGCGACAUUCCUUGUUCGCUCACUGGUAAUCACUUCAAGAUUCCAUCUUGCUCUGAAGUGCUUUCUAAUUUACAUGUCCUCUGUAGCAACUCAGUCCCUUUGGUCGUUUUUCUAUUGAGGUUUAGUUGUCUGUGAUAUACUUAGGGGAGCGGGAAUAUUAUGUAUAAUUUUUGUUACGGGUUCUGCAGUUCUGCGUUCUGCAGCUGAGAACAAGGUGUUGACUUUGAUUCCUGCUAGCGGCUGCCACUUUGUAAUGGCGCCAAAGUGUAACAUAUCUCAUGGACUCUAGCUAAGGUAACAUCGAAGCACUGCCGGUGUUUCAAAUUAAGUCAAGGCGCCUCAACAAAGUAUCUCUCGAGCGUAAGUGUCAAGUACCCAUAACUAAUUAAAAUAACAAUAAAUAAUGUUAUAAUCCAAUUGAGCAUUCUGUAACCGCAGAGCCAUCAGGUGAAUAGCUUUCGGUUUCGAGAGCGACUAUAAAUAAACGCGAUGACGUCCGUGAUUGCACGGAAAAGGGGUGGCGCACCCUGCUAAGAAUUAGUGAGUUCAGCGCAGGCGGAAGAAGAGAAAGCACACUUGGGCAUCUUAACACUAUGUCAAUCGAUGCAGAAUUGAUUGUAUCUGCUUUUGAAGGAGCCACUUCGUAUAUAAGCUU